AUGUCCAACACCUCCUCCCUGGCUAGUGCCAGUUCACCCUCGAUCGAAAACGAACCCAGCAAACCAACCCGCCAUCGAGUUACCCGAGCCUGCGACGCCUGUCGGAAGAAUAAAGUCAAGUGUCCCCUCAACGACUCUGGCUCAUGCCAAAACUGCAUCAAGGCCUCUCGACCUUGCACCUUCGAAAACGUUGGCGUCAGGAGAGAGAAACCACCAUCGAAACAUGAUAUCCAACAGCUCAACUCUCGAAUUCAAACCCUCGAGAAACUCUUGACCGUCCUGGCCCCCAAUCUAGACCUCAAAUCACUUCCAAGGACCCCCGAACAAGCUCGCGGGAUCGUCAACCAGUCGCGUAUCCAGUCUAGUCGAACCAAUUCCAUCAGGGAAACCCCUCCGGCCUCUCGACCCAACGACCUAUCCGACCCAGAUGACGUGUUUUCGGCAAUUCGGCUCUUGAAUGACUUACAGAUCGGCCCACCCGAUCAUCUACCUCCAGAACCAGUCCCAUCCUCUUCAUCCCAUUCACCACAUUCCCUGCCCUCCUCUCCCCCACAAAACCAACAGGACCAAGACUCCAAACCUUCUUAUACUCGUGCGGUCACCCAGAUGUGGGUCGAGCGAUUCGUCCCACUCCACCAUCUCCCAAACUUUCAGUUACCCCCACAACAGCUGGCUAUCACCUUAAUCUCACUCUUCUUCGAAAAAGUCAACCCAUUCGAAAACAUCCUCCAUCGUGCCGAAUUUAUGCGGCUCUAUGAAACCGAUCUGAUUCAUACCGAUCGAUCCUUCCAGGCACUCUGUUUUGCCCUCUUUGCCGCCGGUUCCACCUUCUCCUCUGACCCUUCUGUCAUGUUACCCGCCCACGAUGGCACACCUAAUCGACAGACGGCUGGGGCUACCUUCUUAUAUGCCAGCCUCAGCUUGGUCUGUCCGGCUCAUCUACCCACCUGCACACUCUUCGAUCUCCAAACAAUGGCAGUACUCUGUCAUGUCACCUCGAUCAUAUGCAGUCCACUGACAGUAUGGUCUUGGCUCGGCCUUCACCUUCGCAGAGUUCAGAAUGCCUCAGCUCAUCGGAACAGUGCCCCACAAUGGAAGACGUCAUUGAUGAAAGACCAAUUACGGAAACGCGCAGUAUGGUAUCUUGCCGUACAGGAGCUCUCCUUCUCCCUAAUCCUCGGCCGAACUUCCUGCAUCAAAUCUGACACGAUUGACUUAGAUCUUCCCCUCCCAUUAGCUGAUGAUGCACUGAGCAGAUACUGCUCAGACCAACAUCAAACACGUCCCACUUGGAACCUGAAACGCGAUUGCUACUCUCAUCCUCCUCCUCUCGUCCACGGGCACCGGCCGAUUUUCCGAUCAUCUUUCAUCGAAAGUUUGGGAUUGCUCUCCAAAAAUUGUUUGCGGUCAGGAUGA